AUGACCGAGUCUUCCAAGAUUCUUCUACAGGGCGGUACUCUUUUACUACACGAAGCCAAUGAGAGGGUGGUUUCGCGUCGGCUCGAUCUCUUAAUCGAUGAAAACUCCAUUCUCAAAAUUGAGGAAAAUAUCGAUGUGGAUGAACAAAACGUCAAAAUCAUCGCCUGUGAUGGUAAAUUAGUGUCACCCGGCUUCGUCAAUACCCACCAUCACCUAUGGCAAACCCAGUUAAAAGGCCAACACGGUAACCAUACUCUGCUGGAAUACCUACCAUCUGGAAAUUACAUUGGAUCGCUCUAUUCACCCGAGGAUGCCUUUUGGGGUGAGUUGAGUGGAGCAAUGGAAGCUGUCGAUGCUGGCACAACAUCAGUGGUCGAUCAUUCAAGCCUUAAUCUUGGCAUCGAGUACCCCCCGACUUUGAUCAAUGCCUUGGCAACCUCUGGUCUGCGAGCUGUGUACUGUCAAUGUGUCCCGAGGACGAUAAUAGAAGAAGAUAUUCUGAAUGUUACAGAUGACCAUGCCCCCGAAUCUGCACUCCGCGCCUGGAAAGAACUUGCAGCCAUUGCUCCCUUUGCUGACGGUAGAGUUCAUCUUGGCUUUGCUGUAGAUAAUCUCCAUUUGCCUACCGGUCAAUUACAGGAACUCUACACCGAGCUUCGAUCAAUGGGCGCAAAGAUCAUCACAUCACACGGUGCUGCGGGAAAGGCCUUUGGUGAUGCUCCUUCUGCCGUGCAACUUCUCAACAACGCUGGUUUACUUGGUUCAGAUAUUCUUAUCUCGCAUGCCAAUUUUCCGAAGGAUGGUGAUGCUGGACUCUUGGCCACGCACGGCGCCUCUGUUUCUUCAACGCCAAACACAGAGCUCCAAAUGGGAUAUCCACCUGUGGCGUUGAUGCCUGAAUUCCGACCACUUGCGAGCCUGGGAGUGGAUUGUCAUAGUUGGGGUUCCGGCUUUAUGCCUGGCCAAAUGCGUCUCUUACUUCAGCAUGCCAGAACCGAGCGCUCACACAGCCUGGAGAAGGAAGGAAAGUGGAGCCGACAUGUUGGACCUCUAGUGGAGGAUGUUUUCAAUCUGGGUACGAUUGGUGGCGCUCGGUCAAUGGGAAUGGCUGGCCAAAUUGGCCAGAUAAAGGUUGGAGCCAAAGCAGACUUGAUUAUCUUUGAUACAAAGAGUCCGUCAAUGCUGGCGGUGGCCCAGGAGGACCCAGUUUCAGCUAUUGUACUGCAUUCCAGUGAGAGAGACGUCGAAACCGUUAUCGUGGACGGUAUCGUGAGAAAGGAAGGAGGUAAAUUGCUGCCUGUUUCAAUUGCCGACGUUCCUGCUUCUCCUCCACGCUCUAUCCUGACCCAUCCGCAGCUUACAUGGGUUGACGUUAUGAACGGGGUGUUGGAUAGCCGGAGAAGGAUCAAAGACAAAGCGCAAGGAAUGGAUUUCAAAGUGGCAGAAGAAAGGGUCAUCGAUGCGUUUUACAUGAAUCGAAGUACCAUGCAUGAGAUGAUCUAA